CGGGAGAGGGGGCUUGAAGGCGGGGCGCUACAAUGUGGCGCUUGGUUAGACGUUGCUGAAGAGGGACGCAUGAGACUUGCGGAUCGCCGGAGCUAAAGGAAAUCGAGUCUUCUCUCUCCUCCUCAGUGUCAGUCUACCUCCACACAGAGAUCGACCAUGAGAGUCCUCCUACUGCUGUCCAUGCCAGUCCUCCUGCUAGCCCAGCCCCCCCUCUACCAAGAACCAUUUCCUUUCCUGGAGGACUAUGGCCCUGAUUAUUUCCCAGAGAAUCCUGACGCAGAUGUCCAGCAGCAGAAUCUGUUACAGGAUCCCCAACCGUUCCCUGGUCCUGAACGUCCUGGUCUGUCUGAGCAAGAGACAGAGCCCACAGAACCUGGCCCCUUAGAUUGCCGAGAGGAGCAGUACCCCUGCACCAGACUCUACUCUGUUCACAAACCAUGCAAACAGUGCCUGAAUAGCCUCUGCUUCUACAGCUUGCGAAGGGUGUAUGUGAUCAACAAGGAGGUGUGUGUCAGGACUGUGUGUGCGCAUGAAGAGCUGCUAAGAGCUGACAUGUGCCGUGACCAGUUCUCUCGUUGUGGUGUAGCUGCGGUGAGUGGCCAGUGUGGGUCACUGGGGAGCAGCUGUGGGAAGAGCUGUGGAGGCUGUUGAGAACAUGGGACACAUCAGAGAACACCAGCCCAAAUACUGCCACAUCUCUAGGGUCCACAUCCCGCCCCCUCCUCCUCCCGCCACCUCCUCCCCAUCCCCUUUUCUGUUUAAUCUUUGACUUUAUUCCACAUACUUUUUGGUACCAAAGAACUGCCAUGUUUCUUCUCUUUUCAUCUCGUCUCUCCUCCCUCUUUCAGAAUUACAUACAUAAUGCGAAGUGGGAUCAGUAGAACGUGUGUAUGGAUAAAUAUAUAUAUUCUUUUAUACUCAACAGAACAUUGAUGACUGUAUAACAUCACUGGUGCUAUAAAAUCACUACCACACUGGUGCUAUGGAAUGGAAAUCAGCAAUCAGAGGCACAUAAAAAAGCAACGUUUUGAUCUUGUUUUUUUGCCUUACUGUAUCCUAUAUUCUAAAUCAUUGUGUGGUGUUUGUUGUUGUUUACUAUACCUGUGUUGAAAAGCAGUCAUAGUAAUGAGGGGACAGCAGUAUACCUGUGUUUAAAAGCAGUCAUAGUAAUGAGGGGACAGCAGUAUACCUGUGUUGAAAAGCUGUGUGACAGCUGCUGCUUACUGACCUCAACAACAGAGGCAUUAGCAAAACUCAAUAAUUAUCCAUAACCAUCCCACUGCCUCGGCACUGACUGGGUGGCAAGCAG